AUGGUGGAAAAUUCCUCUGCAGAGUUCGUGUUUGUGCUUCAUGGACUUAAUGACACAAGAACAAACAAACACAUUUACUUUGGAUUUGGUCUUUUUGUCUACAUUGUGACUCUGCUUGUAAAUUUAGCACUGGUUAUCACAGUUAUUCUAGACAAGGCACUUCAUGAACCUAUGUAUUUCUUCAUAUGCAGUUUGUUUAUAAAUGGAAUAUGUGGUUCUUCUGCUUUCUAUCCAAAGAUCCUUGCUGAUCUUUUAUCAGAUUCCCACACUAUAUCAUAUACAGCAUGCCUGAUACAAAUAUAUUUCAUUUUCUUUUAUGCUUUGUGUGAAUUCACAUGCUUAACAGUCAUGGCAUAUGACAGAUAUGUAGCUAUUUGCAAGCCUUUAGAAUAUCUCUCUAUUAUGACACACCAGAAGAUCCUAAAACUGCUGACAUUUAGUUGGCUUUACUCCUUUCUGCAAACAUCCAUUGGGGCUGUGCUGACAGCAAGACUUGCUUUAUGUGGCAAUGACAUUGACAAGCUGUACUGCUCUAAUUGGGAGGUUGUUAAGUUAUCUUGCACUGAUGUAACUGUGAACAAUGUGUAUGGAUACUUCCUAUUGUUUUCUCAUGUUUCCCAAGCCAUGCUCAUUACUGUGUCAUAUAUUCACAUCAUCAGAGCUUGCUUGCAGUCCAAGACAGGGAGAGUUAAAUUCAUGCAUACAUGCCUUCCCCAUGUAAUAACACUCAUAAAUUUCAGUGUUUCCUUAAUCUUUGAUGUCAUGUAUGCUCGCUAUGGCAAAAGCCAGGGGUUGCAAGCUCUGCACAAUAUCUUGGGUAUAGAGUAUCUUGUUGUGCCUCCUCUCCUAAACCCUAUAAUAUAUGGAAUGAAACUAACUCAGAUACAGCGUCAGUUUGUGAAAAUGUACAGCCAUAGACUUAAAGCAGUGAGACACAGUUGA